AUGCACCUUGCGGGGUGCAAGGCCGCGCACUUUAAGGCUCACACGCUUCCUCGGCUGGAGGUCAGUCAGGGAUGGGAGUCGCCUCUGCGAAAGUCGAUGGGCGACUUCGGCUCAUCUUACAACCCAAUCCAGAACUGCGAUGGCACUUUGGGGUGCUACGUGGAACAGCAGCGUGAAGCUCAGAGGGUGUUCUUCAGCGCCUUGGCGCUGAAGGUCCUGGAGGAGGUGCCCGACAGCGAGGACGAAGCCAAUAUGGCCCACCCGUGGACCCCGCGGAGCCCUUCGAGGGCCCCGACCCCGCGCAGUCCGACGAGGAGGCGCAGGCCGCGGGCCCAGAGCGCCCGCCAGGCGCGCGGGGCGCCGGGCUGGAGGCGCAGGCGGAAGCAGAGGCGGCGCCACCGGCAGCGUGCAGCGCAGACGGGACGGAGGAGCCCGCGGCGCCAGACCUGCAGGAGGCCGCGGCCGGCGGGGCCCGGAGCCCCGCGGCGGCGCCCGCGGCGCCGGCGGAGGCGGCGGCCGAGGAGGCCCCGCCGGCGGCGCCCGCCUCGCCCGAGGAGGAGGCCGCGGAGGAGAGUCCGCCCGUGGCGCCCGUCUCGCCGGAGGAGGAGGCCGCGGACAGCCUGCCGGCGGCGCCCGCCUCGCCAGAGGGGGUCCCUGAGGACCCGCCGCUGA